AUGCCUGCUCUCGAACUCAAGACGAACGUCGCGGUUGCCGACCCGAAGGCUUUCAGCCUCGAAUUUUCCAAGUUUGCGGCCAAGACCCUGGAAAAGCCCGAGGGAUACGUCUCGGUGUCAUACGUACACCAAGAGUACCUCACAUUCGCCGGGACGUUUGACCCCGCUUUCAUCCUCUCGAUCACGAGCUUGGGGAACAUCAACCCCGAGAACAACCAGGAGCUCUCCAAGGUAUUCGCCGCCUUUCUGAAGGAGAAGCUCGCCGUUGAGGACACUCGUGGCUACAUCGCGUUCUCCGACCCUGGACCCGAUUUCUUGGGCUUCAGCUCGACCACCAUCGGAGCUAUUUUCCGCAAGUGA